GUGGGGAUCUUUCGGACGUCACUUUGCGGUCGGAACCCGGGCAGACUUCGCGCGAUCGGUCGGUAACGCGCGGACUCGGUGCGUAACGCACGGACGGGCUGCACGAAAAAGGACGCGCGAUCCGAACAUCGCUGCUGGUUUUUUGCACGACAAGCCGCCGCAAAUCCUGAGCGGUUGGAGGGUAGAUGUCGGGAGGGAGGGAGUGAAAAAGGCAAAAGUCUUUGUGCUUCCCUUCCCCCCUCAUCAAAGCGUAGGGGAAAUGUCUGUCUCCAAAGGAGGGAAGAAGAACCCACGGCUGAGGCUUCCCACCGAGGUCUUUGUCCCGACCGCUCCGGCUGUCGCCGCACCCCCUCGUGACCUGGACUCUAAGGCCUGCGUCACCAUCGGAGACAAGAACUUUGUGGUGAAGGCGGACGACCUGGAGCAGAUCGAGGAGCUGGGGCGGGGGGCGUACGGCGUGGUGGACAAGAUGAGGCACGUCCCCAGCGGCGUGAUCAUGGCUGUGAAGAGGAUCCGGGCGACGGUCAACACGCUGGAGCAGAAGAGACUGCUGAUGGACCUGGACAUCUCCAUGAGGACCGUGGACUGCUUCUUCACCGUCACCUUCUACGGGGCGCUCUUCAGAGAGGGGGACGUCUGGAUCUGCAUGGAGCUCAUGGACACGUCCCUGGACAAGUUCUACAAGAAGGUGAUCGAGAAGGGCAUGACCAUCCCCGAGGACAUCCUGGGCAAGAUCACUGUGGCGAUCGUUAAGGCGUUGGAACACCUGCACAACAACCUGUCCGUCAUCCACAGAGACGUGAAGCCGUCCAACGUCCUCAUAAACACCCAGGGCCAGGUGAAGAUGUGCGACUUUGGCAUCAGUGGCCACCUAGUGGACUCGGUCGCCAAGACGAUGGACGCCGGCUGUAAGCCCUACAUGGCGUUAUGGUCCAAAUGCAACCAACUGCACCUCGGUGGACGGGAGGGGCGCCGUGCCAGUCCACUCUCCGUGAAACACGCCAGAGUGGCACUGGGUCAGCGGCGCCGGGACGGGGCCCUUGUCUGGUCCCACGACGGGGCCCCUGAUCAGGGGCCCUCCCAAUCAGGGCCCUCUUGA